AUGUCGGCGCUGGUGCGUAUCACCACGGGCAUCAUGCCCCAGCACAGUCGAGUCGGAAUGACCAGAGCGAUGGCGCAGUUCGGAGAGGUCAUUCACUGUCACAAGCCACCCUAUUCUGGCAUUCCCGGUGAGGACUUUGUGAAUGUACGCUUCGCGACGCAAGAAGCCGCUGACCGAGCCUACGCCGCAUUGAAGGCCAGCCAGGUCUUCGUUGAUGGCUUCCCAGUUGGGGUGGGUCCAGCCGGCGGACCCAAGGGAAACGAUGGUCCGAUGGCGAUCUCGAACUCUGGCCCACCCAGGCGGCCGCGCAGCCGCAGUCCCCCUCGCCUUUAUGGCCGGAACCGUGCCCGGUCCCCCGUGCGCCGGAGCCCGGAGCGACGCCGCCCGAGCCCACCGCGACGGAAGAGAAGCCCUUCAGAUGUGCCUCGGGCCAAUUUCCCUUCUCGCAAUGACCCGAAGAGCCCGAGCCCUCGGCGACUGGUCAGGGAGAUGGGCCGCGGCGGCCGAUCCCGCAGCCGAUCGCGUGCGCGGGACCGGCGCCGGGAGGAGCGCGUCAGCGAGUUCUCUGGAGGACCUGGCAUGAUGAUGCUCAAGAACAAAAAGGAGAGAACGCCUUCUCCGGAUCCUCCUGGGCCCGUGAAGAAUCCCAACCCGGUGAAGAACCCCUUCUUCAGAGCGGACAGGAGCCCGACCCCAGUGGCCGCAUACUGA